GGGAGUGGUCGCCAUGGAGACGCGUGGCCCUGGCCUGGCCGGUCCGCGCUGAGAGCCAUCGACUAGUCGGCAGGGCAGCGGGUCUCGGGCGCCCCCGGGGCGGGUUGGGUUGCAGCCCAGCGGGUGGAUGGACCGCCGCGGUGGGGCGGGGACGUCGGGGUACGAGGACAACGACGGCGAGGAGGAGGAGCGGAAGGGCGGCGCCGCGGGCCCGCGGGGGUCUAGACUGCCUCCCAUCACAGGCGGCGCCUCCGAGCUGGCCAAACGGACGGUGAAGAAGAAGAAAAAAAGGAAGAAGACGACCAAGGGGUCUGGCAAGGGGGACGCAGAUAAACGUCAGAAUCAGAGCCUGAAGAGCCAGCCACUUUCUUCCUCCUUUCAUGACAUCUUAAGUCCUUGCAAAGACCGUGGCCCAAAACCAGAGCACAGACAGAACAAAGUGGAAAACAAGCACCUCCCUUCUGACUCCUCCACCAUCAGCCUCCCCGACUUUGCCGAAAUAGCAGACAACCUUGCGAACCGGAUCAACGAAAGUCUGCGUUGGGAUGGAAUUCUUGCUGACCCGGAGGCAGAGAAGGAAAGGAUUCGCAUCUAUAAACUGAACCGGAGAAAGCGGUACCGGUGCUUGGCCCUCGAGGGCUUCCACCCCGACCCCGAGGCCCUCAAGGGCUUCCACGCCGACCCCAAUGCCGAGGAGACCCCUGAGAACUUACCCUACCUCUCGGACAAAGACGGCAGCUCCAACCACAGGCAGCCCACGUCGAAAGCCGAGCGCCCCAGUCUCUAUUUUGAAGGAAACCUUACCCCAAAGCUUCUACACUCUGAUUUAGCUCCUACUCUGCUGGAGUAAAAAUCUACCCACGACACUCACAAACUUAGAAUUCCUCCUUACCACAAGUUUAUGUGUUAAAAACAAUCAUCAUAAAAGGAAAUGAGACCUGUGUCUGAAGGGAAUGGAUGUUUGGUACACGGACGACGCCAACUCUCCCAUCAUCAAGUUGCCCUCAGUUGCCCAGGAAAGCCACAGUGCCUUGAGAACAUAAGCAAUUUAGUGAACAGAGUUCUUUUCAGAAUUUCCUUUUUCUUAAAUAAGCAUCUCUGUUACUUAAUUUCUCACCACAGCUAGACAUUUAUAAUCUGCCCCAAAAAGAAAAGAAAGUGUGUAGAUGAUUUACAUCUUAAGUCUCAAUCUCAUGGUGAAACUCCUCACACGGUACCUGCUUCUGUUGGCCCGAGCACAAUGCCCUGAACCUCUUGGAGCCUUUUGGUUUUAAUUAAAUGCAUGGCCUGCCUUUAUAUGGCCUCAAAAUAAGUGGGUUCCAGAACUUCAUCCCUCGGAAGUGACUAUGGGAAGUCCCAAAAGGAAUAUCGCUUCUUUUAUAAACAUGGUCCUCUCCUAAUCCUCCAUUAUAAAAAGCCUCGCUACACCGCGUCUCCUGAAUACACAUUCCUCCCUCUGCCACAAGUAGCCAGUGAGGGCCAUGUGCUGUCGUCGUUUGUGCUGCCAGAAUCGGCCCCUGAGACGAGGGUUCAAAUGCAAGUAGAUGAUCUGGGAGGUGGAGAAAGGAUGAGUAGAGGGUGAUACAUAGAAGGGAAGACGCGGCCAAUCCUGGGACUUUUAUUUUUAGACAGGAUCCCGCUCUGUUGCCCAGGCUGGAGUGUCAGUGGCAAGAUCAUAGCUCUCACUGCACUCCGCCUCCUGGGCUCAAGCAAUCCUCCCACCUCAGCCCCCUGAGGAGCAGGGGCUAUAGGCGGGUGCCACCACGCCUGGCUAAUUUUUAAAAUUUUCUGUAGAGAUUAGAGGGGGGAUCUCACUAUGUUGCCCAGGCUGGUCUCGAACUCCUGGCCUCAAGCAGCGCUCCCACCUUGGCCUUCCACAACGCUGGGAUUACAGGCAUGAGCCACUGUGUCUGGCCCCCCUUCCAGGGACUGUUAGGCCAGCUUUCAUACUGGGCUUAAUUCCACAGGGAAACCCACUUCUAGAAUUACCCCACCUGAGGGUGAGGAAGCUGGGGUAUUUAUACUCCCCAAGGGCAUUGGCUGAGGGCUGGGUGUGUGUGUGUGUGUGUGUGUCUCCUGGCAUUUCUAGCUGAAAGGUCCAAAGGAAAACGGUGGUCUCCGGGGAAGCCUCAGCUACUUCAGCAACACCGUCGGUCUGAGAGGGCCAGCAUGGAGGGCGAAGAUGAGAUCCCUGACCUUCAAGAGGUUACAGUGUUUUGGGGUAGACAAAAAAGGAAUGUACACUGUACACAGGAGAAGUUAAAGCCAAUACAGACAUCACAGAAUGCUCAUUUGAAAGUUAAGUGAAAAUGGCUGGGCACGGUGGCUCAGGCCUGUUAUCCCAACACUGGGAGGCUGGGGUGGGUGGAUCAUCUAAGGUCGGGCAUUCGAGACCAGCCUGGCUAAUAUGGUGAAACCCUGUCUCUGGUAAAAGUACAGAAUUAACCGGGCAUGGUUGCAGGUGCCUGUAGUCCCAGCUACUCAGGAGGCCGAGGCAGGAGAAUCACUUGAACCCAGGAGGCGGAGGUGGCAGAGCCAAGAUGGCACCGCUGCACUCCACCCUGGGCAACAGAGCAAGACUCUGUCUCAAAAAAAAAAAAAAAAGUGGAAGUGGGCAUCGUGGUCCCUGCUAGCCCUGGGCUGGCAGAGCAGCCCUCUUCUGACCCUUCCUUAAAAGGCCAGUUAGUUUCCACAUUUGCCCUUGCACCCUGUCAAAAUAUACUGAAGCAACGUUUGGAAGAGUCCUCUCCUGCCAUGGAGAAUGGUUGGCAGACAGGAACAGCCCUCCCUGUGCUGAGGCCAGGCCUGUCCUCUGCUCUCCAUGGAGAGGAAGGGGCAGGAAAUACUCCAGUGCCAGCCACAGGACCUCGCUUGUGCACCAGGGUAUUAAAGGCAGAGACAGAACAGGGGGCAGCCACGGGGCUGGCAUCUUGUGUGCCCUCCGGGUCUACCACAGUGGCUGGGUGUGUGAGGGUGCACUGGGCUGAGACGGUCGCUUAGCAGCGCCUUCCAUGGUGGUGAGAGGCAGGGGCAGGGGCUGUGGUCAUCUCCCAGCCAUGAGGUAACAUCCUGGGAAAGUAGCUAAGAUGGUGAGCUUUGACAUCAGAGCUGAACUCAUCUCUUUCCCACCACAUGCUAGCGUUGUGGCCCCUGGCAGAUUGCUUCGCCUCUCUGAGCCUUAGUUUCCUCAUCUGAAAACCGGACUGCAAAUUCCUACCUUAGUGCUAUGAGAAUCAAGUGCAAUGAGGCAUCUAGCAUGGCGCCUGGCACCCAGGAAACAAACUGUUGUACGAGUUUUAAUCAGUGGUAUUUCAGGUUGGUGUGGCCACAUGUCUGCCAGAGAGACUGUCCCGAGUAAUGGUGUAGACCUUACCUCCUGGAAGGGUGAGCUUCACAGAAGAAAUCUGGCUUCAGUGGCUGGCGAAGAGACAGAAUUCACACACACAGAACAAAUGACGGGGGCCCGGAGCAGGAGAGAGUGGAGCAGGAAGGAAGCCAGGGCCCGGAAGGCCGGUGCUUAAUGUAUAAUCAUAGAAAGCAGGUGGGGUGAAGGCUCCUGGAGCACACAAGUGGCUUCAACUCAGAACACCUUGGGUUUGAAGUUUGAAUCUCUUCCUCACACCCAGGCUGUAGCAGUGAGGACUCCUUCAGGGCAAGAAACAAACCACAGUGAAAACCGCCUUACAGACCAAGGGGAAUGGUUGACUUUUUUUUUGAGACGGAAUUUCGCUCUUGUCACCCAGGCUGGAGUGCAACGCACCAUCUUGGCUCACCACAACCUCUGCCUUCUGGGUUCAAGUGAUUCUUCUGUCUCAGCCUCCUGAGUAGCUGGGAUUACAGGCAUGCACCACCACGCCCGACUAAUUUUUGUAUUUUUAGUAGAGAUGGGGUCUCACCACAUUGGCCAGGCUGGUCUAGAACUCCUGACCUCAAGUGAUCCACCCACCUCGGACUCCCAAAUUGCUGGGAUUACAGGCGUGAGCUACCACGCCCGGCCGGUUGACUUAUAAAGCCAACAGUCCAGGGUUGCCUGUGGCUUCAGUCAUGGCUGGAUCCAGGAUGUCACACUGUGUCAUCAAAAUGCCUCUCUCUCUCCGUAUUUCACCUCUGCCUCCUCCACAUCAGCUUUAUGUUCAGGCAGGUUCUCAUCACAGGCUGACAAAGAUAGCCACUGACAUCCUUAUAAUUUUGUAAGGAAAAGAGAGUUACUGCUCUGUCCCUAUCCAGUGUCCAUAUCAAUCCCAAGAAGGUCUCUGGCCUGGCAGGGGUCAUACAUCCAUCACUGGACUAAUCCCAGCAGCCAGGCAAAUGCAGUGUUUGAUGGCUACAGAGACCCAGAACGUGGAGCAGGGCAAGGCAGCCCAACAGGACGCAGCGUUUGAUGGCUACGGAGACCUAGAACGUGGAGCGGCGCAGGACAUCCCAGCAGCCAGGUAAAUGCAGUGUUUGAUGGCUACAGAGACGUAGAACGUGGAGCGGGGCAGGGCAGCCCAACAGGACGCAUGAGCUAAACAGAUUGUUACAGAAUCUAUCCAGAAUCUGGCUGGGCGCAGUGGCUCGCGCCUGUAAUCCCAGCACUUUGGGAGGCCAAGGCAGGAGGAUCACUUAAGGUCAGGAGUUCGAAACCAGCCUGGCCAACAUGGUGAAACCCUGUCUCUACUGAUAAUACAAAAAUUAGCCAGUGUGGUGGCACGCACCUGUAGUCCCAGCUACUUGGGAGGCUAAGGUGGGAGAAUCACUUGAACCUGGGAGGCAGAGGCUGCCGUGAGCUGAGAUCACGCCACUUGCACUCCAGCCCGGGCAACAAAGCGAGAUUCCAGCAAAAAAAAAAAAAAAAAAAAAGGAAAGAAAGAGAGGAAGAGAAGGAAGGAAAGAAGGGAAGGAAGGAAGGAGGGAGGGAGGGAGGGACGGAGGGAGGAAGGAAGGAAGGAAGGAAGGAAAAGAAAGAGAAAGAAAGAAUGUAUCCAGAAUGUCUCUGUCUGUCUCUCUCCUCUCUUUGAGACAGGGUCUGGUUCUGUCACACAGGCUGGAGUGCAGUGGCAUGAUCUAGGCUUACCGCAACCUCCACCCCCUAAGCUCAAGCGAUCCUCCCGCUUCAGCUUCCUGAGUAGCUGGGACUACAGGCUCACACCACUAUGACUGGCUAAUUUUUGUAUUUUUUGGUAGAGAUGGGAUUUUGUCAUGUUUCCCAGGCUAGUCUCAAACUCCUGAGCUCAAGCGGUCGGCCCGCCUCAGCAUUCCAAAGUGCUGGGAUUACAGGCGUGAGCCACUGCGCCCGGCCAAUCCAGAGUCUGUGUAGAAUAUAGAGUGAUUCCCUAAGAGACGACAAGUAGAACAGGUUUGUCCAUUGCCCUCCAAAUGAAGAAUGAUUCCUUUUAAUUUUCACUUUUUAAAUGUUUUAUACUCCAUCCAAUGACCUAUCAAGAAUGAUUCAUUUUUGGUGAGGCGCCGUGGCUCAUGCCUGUAAUCCCAGCAUUUUGGGAGGCCGAGGCAAGUGGAUUGCUCAAGUCCAGGAGUUAAGAGACCAGCCUAGGUAACAUAGCAAAACCCCAUCUCUACAAAAUAUACGAAAAUUAUCAGGGCAUGGUGGCACACGCCUGCAGUCCCAGCUACGUGGGAGCCUGAGGUAGGAAGAUCGCUUGAGCCUGGGAGGUGGAGGUUGCAGUGAGACAAGAUUGUGCCACUGCACAGUCAGCCUGGGUGACAGAGCAAGACCCUGUCUCAAGAAAAAAGAUACAUUUUUAAAAGCCUCUGACCAAGGGUCGUGGGAGUGACUUACGGGGCUUGAGUCCGUCUAACUGACCUGAAUUGACUACAUGCUUAUUCCCAAGACCACAGACCCUUGCCCAUUGCUGUGGAAUCCAUAAAGGCAGACAGUGCUCUGUAAUCAUGGGCCCGUGAGUUGUUCUGGAGCAGAGUGUGGCAACCCAUCAGCACUGUUCAGUAAUAACGUUUGGGGUUAUGAUUUGCACCUGGUUUUGGUGGCACCUGAGUUUCCACCUUUAAAGCUAGUCACAUAGCUAGAAAGUGCCCACAUGACCAACUCUGAAUAGGAGACCCCCAGCACGAGAAGACUCUGGGUUUCCUGGCACCGAGACGCUUCGUACACACACAGGCAGUGGUUUGAGACCCAGGAACAAGGCGCUCCUGCGUAAGCCUCAUGAACACCCACCGUGGGCCCCACAGGAAGACAAGCUCAGGGAUGUGGCCGCCCUUGUGCGGCUGGCGUGGUAAAUGGCCCCCAAGGAUCUCUGCCUCCUGGUAUUCAUGCUCGUCUCUUGAAUGUGGGUUGAACCUGUUGGCUCUUUCUAGUGAAUGGAAUAUGGCAAAAGCAAUGGGAUGUCAUGUCCAAGAGGAAGUUACAAAAAGAGAUUGUGUUCAGGAGGGGGAAGAGGAGCAAUGGUAGGUGGAGCCGGGGAUUUUUAGGGCCAUGAGACUAAUCUGUAUGAGACCAAGAUGGGCGUUACGUGUCGUUACGCAGUCGUCCAAACCCUUACAAUGUACACCAAGAGUGAACCCUCGUGUAAACUAUGGACUUGAGUUAAUAAUAAGGUACCAAGGCCAUGUGUGGUGGCUCACGCCUGUAAUCCCAACACUUCGGGAGGCUGAGGCAUGAGAAUCACUUGAGUCUAGGAGUUCAAGACCAGCCUGGGCAACAUGGUGAGACCCUGUCUCUACAAAAAAUAAAAAAAUUAGCUGCGCAUGGCAACAUGUGCCUGGAGUCCCAAUUACUCGGGAGGCUGAGGUGGGAGGAUCAUCAGCCUGCAGGUCGAGGCUGCGGUGAGCCGUGAUCCUGCCACUGCACUCCAGCCUGGGCGACAGAGUGAAACUCUGUCUCAAAAAUACAAAAAUAGAGUCUAUUUAUUAGCAAGAGACAGAGACAGAGAGACAAAGAGGGAAUGGGGGAGGCUCUGGUUUCCAUGUGACACACUUUUUCCUUUUUUUCUUUUUUUUGAGACACGGUCUCUCAUUCUGUUACCCAGAGUGGAGCUCAGUGGCGUGGUCACAGCUCACUGCAGCCUCGGCCUCCCAGGCUCAGGUGAUCCUCCCACCUCAGCCUCCUGAGUAGCUGGAACCACAGACACACACCACCACACCUGGCUAAGUUUUGUAUUUUUUAUAGAGACACGGUCUCACCAUGUUGCCCAAGCUGGUCUCAAACUCCUGGGCUCAGGCAGUCCUCCUGCCUCAGCCUCCCAAAUUGCUGGAAUUACAGGUGUGAGCCACCAAGCCUGGCCUGACACACUCUUUAUCUCUCUCUUUCUCUCAGGGAUCUUGCUCUGGGGAAAGCCAGCUGCAGUGUUGUGGGCUGCCUGAGGAAAGGUGCCCCCCUGGAAAGAAAUGAUGUCUCCACCCAACAGCAUGGUGGACCUGAGACCUGCUACCAGCCACGUGAGUGCGCUUGGAAGCAGGUGGUGCCCAGUUGAGCUUGAGGUGCCUCCCUCUGUGAGAGACCCCAAGCCAGAGACAUCCGGCCAAGAGGCACCCGGAUUCCUGCCCCACAGAAACUGAUAUAGUAACGUUGUUUAAAGCCACUACAUGUAGAGGCCUAUGCCUCAUUCCACCGUCCCAGAGCCAUGCUUCCAGGCUCUGCUCCGCAGCCUCUGCCUGCAGCUCCUGCCCACGCCUUGCCAUUGAGGACCGGAGCCUAAGGAUGCACUACACAAAAUGUGGUCCUGGGGCCAGAAGAACCAACGUGAUGGGGGCUUGUUAGAAACUGUCUUGUUGGGGGCGGGGGGAGGACACGGUGGCCCAUGCCUGUAGUCCCAGCACAUUGGAAGGCUGAAGUGGGAGGAUGACUUGAGGCUGUGAGUUAGAGAGCAGCAUGGGCAACAGAGCCAGAACACACCUCUACAAAAAAAAUUAGUUGGCCCUCCCAGCUACUCAGGAGGCUAAAGCAGGAGGAUCAACUGAGCCCUGGAGCUCAAGGUUACAGUGAGCUAUGGUUACACCACUGCACUCCAGCCUGAGUGACAGAGUGCGACCCUGUUUCUAAAAAAUAAUAAACAUUUUGGCCAGCGUGGUGGCUCACGCCUGUAAUCCCAGCACUUUGGGAGGCCGAGGCAGGAGGAUCACGAGGUCAGGAGAUCGAGACCAUCCUGGCUAACACAGUGAAACCCCGUCUCUACUAAAAAUACAAAAAAAAAAAAAAAAUAGCUGGGCAUAGUGGUGGGCGCCUGUUGUCCCAGCUACUCGGGAGGCUGAGGCAGGAGAAUGGUGUGAACCCGGGAAGUGGAGCUUGCAGUGAGCCGAGAUUGCACCACUGCACUCCAGCCUGGGCGACAGAGCGAGACUCCAUCUCAAAAAAAACACAGAGUCCCCAGGUAAUUCCAUGCACGUUCACUGUGAGAGGUUCUGGGUGCUGGGAGACAAUUCCCCACGCGGAAUUCUCACUCUGCUUCUGUUUCUCCUCAUCACCACUGGCCACCUUUGAUUCAGACUCUUUCAUAGGACGAAUCGCCCUGGAAGAUAGAGACCGUGUCUCCCUCCAGAGCAAAGGGCAGAUUAGCUUCCAUGAUGACAGAAUAUCCCGGUUCCCGGGCUCAGAGCUCCUCUGCGGUAAUGUAAGCCCUUAUGUUCUGAUGUCACCUAGAGCCUCUUCCUGUCACCCUGUGGGAAGUGAUUCUGAGGAAACCUGGCUACUGCUGUUGCUGUGACUAAUAAACAUCCUUUGCCUUG